UUCUCCGGGGGCGUUUACCGCGUCUACCGCGUCUACUCCGCCAACUGCGUCUGUCUGCACGUGGAUCAAACGAGAUGGUUGUGGUGCUUUUAUAUCACUGCGUUCUUUGGUGUCCUGAAAAACACAUUCAACCCUCGAUUGGAGUUGGGGAUUCUCGUGCGUUCUCGAUUUGUUUCGCGGGGUAAGCAAUCCCGUUGUUUCAGGUGGCGGUACUUACUUGCCCGCUAUCGAUAAGCAGAGCAGCCCAAUACACAAUACCGAUCAGGGGUAACUGGCGUCUAUUCUUCUUCCAUUCAGCAGAAUUUCAUUCCAGAGAAGCUACUCAGAUGUCAAUAUAGCAAAGACUAUCGGGAAGAGACGAAGGCAGAUAGCUUCCUGGAAGCCCUAGUUACAAUGGAGGUCUUUCUCGCCAAACUCACCCAACAGGCGAUGAAUUAUGCCAUCCGCUCUGGUAUAACUAUAACAGCCAGCUAUGCUAUCCGCCAGUCGUCGCGUCUACUCAAGAAUGUUAGCGGUACUGAGCGACAAGAGCUUCUUGCUUUGCAACGACGUCUUCAAAGCAAGAUCCAAGUCAUAUCACCCGCUAUAGAUAUGAUUGAGCUUAUCGCCGCUCGAGGAAACACGUCUCUUGAAUCUGCUGUUACUCUUACCAAAUCUCUAAGAUGGGACAUUCAAGCUCUCGGGCAGCGACUUGCCAAAGCCGCUGCAUCUGAGGAAUUAAUGCGCAAAGGCGCUUUCUCGGCUAGAACACGAAGUCAAAACGAUGUUGAGAUCAAAAUGAUCAUUGAAGAUAUCAAGAGGUUACUAGACCGCAUCGAGGACGCCGUGCCACUGAUGAACCUGGCUAUCACGACUUCUGGCGCCAGUCUCUCCACUACCCUGCCAUCAACCGUCUCGCCUUCUCGUCUCCUUCAAGCUAGUACUUUCCUCACAGCUGCAGAUACGCAGUAUUCUAUGUCACCUGUUCAAGCCGUGCAGGUAGGGCCGACAUUCACCCUAUCUAUGUACAUGCUCUUUGCCGGCCAUGUCCGUCCGCAAGAUGAAGAAGGCAUACGAGAGACUACGUGGAAAGAAAUCAUGCAUAAGGCUAAGGUGAAGCUGCGGCGGGUUCCCAUGGACUUGGCUUUUAGUCCAGCGGAAGCUGGCGGGCUGCGACCUCAAGUCCCAGCUGAGGCCAGGGUAGACGAAUUCGCAUAUCAGAUAUUGAUUAUUGAGGACCUCGAUGAUGGCAGAGUACAUACAUUUGACGAAGGUGAACCGCAGCCGGGACCCUUUGAUGGCGUUCAGACCGCGGGAAUCCGUGAGAUCCUUCCUAUUCAUCAAAUCUCGAAGAUAUUCUAUGCGGACACUGGAAAGAUACUCAAUAUCAGCACGGAAGGAGAGACGAACAGCCCCGUUCUAUUGCUGAAACGUGACAUCAACGCGAUUCCCCCACGACGUAUGCUGGAGCGGACCGAAGCAGAGUAUGACGAGGAAGCAGAAGAAGGCGAAGAAGAACCUACUACGACAGAUUCCGAACACGACGAAGUGCAGGCUUUGCUUGAUGCCCAGCUGAAUGGGGCAACAGAAAGUCCAGAGCACGUCGACUACCCGUCUUUCCAUGAGAGUUCGAUACCAGAAGAGUGGCGGCUACCAUCCGGACUAGACCCUGAAUGGAUCGCAUUCGAAGUCUACAAUGAAGAAGAAGAUUCAGAAACAGAAUCCGAGACAGAAGAAUCCUCAUCUCCUCAUCGGGCUUCCAGGUCCGCGUCGGUCGAUCCUCAUCUCGUCUCAAGGCUCAGUCUCGAUCCUACGAAGCCCUCACACUCCAGAUCACCUUCCUCAACUUCGAAUCAUCAAGUCUCCUCAUCCUCACCACAUGCCGGUACAACCACAGUCUCAAACCCCCUCUUCGACAACAUUCGCACAUCCCUAUCUCUCCUCGAAACCUUACUCCGCCUCACUUCACUCCAACAGUUCCAACAACAAUCCCACCUCUCAAUCACAGACGAACUUCUCAACUUCUUCCUGGAGGAGUCAUCCACCACUGGCGCCGGAGGCGAUGAGAACCACCGCCAACGUGUCCGCGCAGAAGCCCGACGCAAAGUCGGCUGGGAUCCCUACGACGAGAGCCCCCUCAAACGCCGCGGCGAAGAUUACCAAUAUGGCCAGUGGGCACCCAGCGCUAGCAGUACUCCAGGCCGCUACCCUCAAGACCGCGACGACUUCCCCUACGAAGAGAGCGGAUAUCACGACGUUCGGUCUCGCGAACGCACGCCCGAAUCACCCCUCCCGCCUCGAUCGUCGCCUCGUCCCCCUAUUCCGGAGCGGCGACGACCGUCCAUUUACCGAAAUCCACGCACGUACGCUGAUGACGCUAGCCGCAUGAAAUCUCCUCUCUCCAGACCACCCACUGCACCACAGACAGACGAAGUCUAGGGACAAGUCCUAGUCCAGAGGACACGUUAAUAAUGACAGGCAACAGCCCUAAAUCUGAAUAGAGGAAUAGAUGGGAUGGGAUUGAAUGUCUGGGUAAUAAUAUUUAA